AUGCGGCUAAAGACCAUGGAUGGGCCAGUGGCGGUUUGCAAUGGCAGUAACGACAUUCUGAACUCUCCAAAACGUGUUAACACUGUGCACAAUAGUAAUAUAUUGACCACCAACUAUACAAACUCGACUGUAAACUACUUAAAUCCCACAGGACAUUUCAAAAAUUCUACAGAGAAUAGCACGAAUUCUGCAUUAACUUGCAGUACAGAUAAUAGUUAUAGUACGGUUAAUAAUGUGAUUACUGAGUUACAGAAAUCUGAGGACUUUAACCUACUCAAUAACGUCGUCCAAUAUAAGGUGCAAUGGUGCCAGGCCUCAUUUCAAGAGGCGCAAAGGAACGCGAACAAUUGCAGAAGGAAUUUGGUGAACGUCAACAUCAACAACACGCUGGCCGCCUCCUUCAGGCACCGCCAAAGGCAGGCGGUGGUUCCCCCGCCUCCUCGAAAGAGCACCAACAAUUCAAUAUGCUCUCUGCCAUCCACGCCAGAUGCAGAUGAUACUUUCUUGGAUUUCGAAGAAGCUCAACAGAGUUGUUCAUCUGCCGACACAUCUCCUCAAGAUGAAGAUCGAUGUUUCGACAUAUCGGACUCUGAAUCUUCAGAGGAUGGCAACUUGAGCAACAGAGGCACCGUCCAGAUAAAAACCAGGGGGAUCGUCAAUCCCAACUAUCCUGGUUUCCAGCAUUUAGCUCAUACUCUUACGUCCGACGCCGAGUAUACGGACGAUGAUUUAGAUUAUGAAGCUUCAGCAAAAACUGAUUUAUUAAGUAUCUCCCUGAAUGCAAGACAGAAAGCUGAAGCGAAUAACAACAACAACAACAAUAAUAAUAAUAUUAAAGAAACCGAUACCGACUACAAAAUAGACAGUGUAAAUCGGUUAGACAGUGUCGAAAAUAUUCAAAAAGUGUUCCGCGAUAAACCGGCCUUCAAUAUCGAAGAAGACAGUGAAUUUAAUCAAAACAGUGACUCUUGUAGUGGCAAUGCAAAUCACAGUGAUGAAGAUAGUGAUGUUCAAGUGAAUCUAAAUAUUCGAAAUGAAGAAAGAGCAAUUCCGAUCGAGGACAUAGUAGGUGAUUUUCGAAAAGAGAUAGAAGCAGAACUUCUAAAAGUCACCCUACAACAGGAAGAUAUCUUUGAAGAUCCCUAUCAUCUUCCUAAAAUCGAAAAAGCUAUCGUUCAAGAAUUGGAGGAAGCUGUUGAAAAACUGCACGUCAUCAAAGAUCUCUCUCCAACCGCUAUUAAAUACAAUAUCGAACCAAAUAUUGAACAACCUUUUAAUAAACUGUCUCCGUUUAAAAAUUUACCUCUUCAUCAAGUAUUGGAGGAUACCAAAAUUAUUAAAAACUCACUUUCUGAUGAUAUAAACGAGUAUGAAAUUGCUACAUCUACUGCAUCUCCAGCUACAUCAAAUUUAAUAUCAAAUUGCAAAGUUAUUAGUCCCGAUGAUAGUCCCAGUUUUGAAGCAUCUACAACACCACCUCUAAGCAUUUGUUUGAAGAACUGCCAAACUGCUGUCAUCAGAAAAAUCUUGCUUGAUUCUGAAACACCAUUUGUUGAUUUAGAUUUAAGCCCUGAUAAUAAUGAUAAGCCUGUGACUCCAUUAGUAAUCCGAGAUCAUAAUCAACUUGAAGAGGUAAAUAAAAUGGACGACAGUUUAGAGAUUAAAAUUAAGGACGCUUUCUUAUCGAACGCUAAGGAAAAUAUUAGCGUUAAUAGUUAUAAAGAAAAUGUUUUGAGGGAUACCAAUCUGAAUUUUCAAGAUUCCGAAAUGGAGGUGGAAAAUUUCCUAAAGAAAAAAGACUCUAACCGGGAAUUAGACGAGUUGGAAUGUAACAUUAAAAAAAUUAAAUCUGACACGCAUCUCUCAGAAAUGAAGUAG